AUGGACUUAACAUCACCUCCAAGUUCAUCUUUACAUUUGUCAUCAAAAUCUGAAUUUCUAAUUGGCAGCAAGUAUCGAUUGGUACGUAAAAUCGGUUCGGGAUCGUUUGGCGAUAUCUACUUGGGCAUCAAUAUCACUAAUGGCGAAGAGGUUGCCAUCAAACUUGAAUCAGUCAAAGCUCGACAUCCACAAUUGUUAUAUGAAUCAAAACUAUAUAAAAUUCUCCAAGGUGGAAUCGGUAUCCCGCAUAUUCGAUACUAUGCUCAAGAAAAAGACUACAAUGUACUCGUUAUGGAUUUACUUGGACCAUCGCUUGAGGAUCUCUUCAAUUUCUGUUCACGACGAUUCACAAUGAAAACUGUACUGAUGCUUGCCGAUCAGAUGAUUGGUCGUAUUGAAUUCGUUCAUAACAAGAACUUCAUACAUCGCGAUAUCAAACCGGAUAACUUCCUAAUGGGCAUUGGCCGUCAUUGUAAUAAGGUAUUCUUGAUUGACUUCGGUCUAGCUAAGAAAUAUCGUGACAAUCGAACUCGACAACACAUUCCCUAUCGAGAAGACAAAAACUUAACAGGCACAGCACGUUACGCUUCCAUCAAUGCUCAUCUCGGUAUUGAGCAAAGUCGUCGUGAUGAUAUGGAAUCAUUGGGUUAUGUUUUGAUGUACUUCAAUCGUGGGUCACUGCCAUGGCAAGGUUUGAAAGCUGCGACUAAAAAACAGAAAUAUGAAAAAAUAUCCGAGAAAAAAAUGUCAACACCUGUCGAAAUUCUUUGCAAAGGAUUUCCGGCAGAAUUUGCCAUGUAUUUGAACUAUUGUCGAGGUCUUCGAUUCGAAGAAGCGCCUGAUUAUAUGUAUUUACGACAACUAUUUCGCAUUUUAUUCCGAACAUUGAAUCAUCAAUAUGAUUAUACAUUCGAUUGGACUAUGCUUAAACAAAAAGCAGCCAAUGCAGCAUCAUCAUCAACAACUGGUAUGAAUACAGCAACAACCGUUGCCGGAACUAUUGCACCACAACCAGCAUCAACAACACAAAUGGCCACGACAACGACGACAAAUGCAGGCAAUAAUGGAAUGACGCCAGGUAAAGGAGGAAGAGCAGAUGAUGGCGGAGAACAAGACGAGCAACAUCCACCGACUACUUACUCAUCCAAUGGACAUGAUUGA